AUGGCGACCAGCCUGCAGUCCAUGGCCACGGGCAUAACAGACCGCUCCAAGACUCUGAUUAACAACGAUCUGAAGAAGAUAUGCAAAGAGGAGGGCGUGGCUCAGACGGGAAACAAGGCCGCUCUGCAAAUGAGGGUGGUUGGCCUCAUCCAACAGGCCGUCCUGAAAAACGACGCCGAGGCUUUGCGCCGGCUGCAACAUCGCGUCCAAAACCGCGGCGAAGCCCCGCUCGCCAAUUCCAGCAGUCCUGCGGCCUCCUCAGUCCCUCGCCACUCUACGCCGCCUACGACCACUUACAGUAUGGCAAAUGGACGUGCGGCCCCCGCGUCGUAUGCGCCAGCGUAUCAGCCACCGCAAGCUCCGCCUCGACCUACGUACUUUUUCAAAGAUAGCCCGUUCUUCGAGAUACGCGAGCUGCUCCUGGGAAACACUGUUCUCGAAGCUUCUCCCAGCCAUCGCCAAAACUGCACCAAAAACCUGAUCCUGAACGAGCAAGUAUGUGGGCGUCUCAAGUCGGAUCCAACACUGCGAGUCUUGCUGUUUUCUGCGUUGGAACAACCUCUCGCGCCUUAUUCGCGCCUAGACAUCACAUUUCCCUCGCAGAUAGAAGUGCGCUUAAAUGGUGAGGAAGUCAAGGCAAAUUACAAGGGGUUGAAAAAUAAGCCAGGCUCGACCCGCCCCGCAGAUAUCACUGAUCUCGUCCGUACCACUCCCGCCAAUCACCGUAACACUCUAGUCGUCACCUAUGCGCUGACGCAGAAGGCAAGUCAGAAAGAGAAAUACAACUUGUUUGUCUACUUGGUCAAAAAGUUUUCUGUCGAAGAAUUGACACUGCGAAUCACCCAACGAAACGUCAUCACGAAGCAGUCUGUACUAAACGAGAUGAUGAAGAAGGCCAAUGAUCCUGAUAUCGAGGUCGGUUCUAGUGUCAUGUCGCUGAAGGACCCUAUCUCCACAUUACGGAUCAGCACACCGUGCAGGUCAACGAUAUGUACUCAUAAUCAAUGCUUCGAUGCCGACUCGUUUCUACAACUACAGGAGCAGGCGCCCACCUGGACUUGUCCUAUCUGUAGCAAGAGCGUAGCCUACGAAGGCCUAGCAGUCGACCAGUACGUCGAAGAAAUUCUGAACAAGGUCAGAAACCUUGACCAGGUCACGAUCAAGCCAACAGGCGAAUGGACGACUAGAAGCGAGAAGUCACCACCUAGGCAUAACGGAUAUGGUGCUCACGACGACAGCGAAGACGAUCUCGUCGAGAUUCAGGACUAUCGCGUUAGGGCGAUCAAAACUGAGGCUGCACCCACACCGACGUCAUUGGGCACACCUCCAUUGCCCUCCAGGGAGACAUCCACAGCCCCUCGAUCCAGUACAAAGAGGCCCAUAGAGGUGGUGGAUCUGAUAUCAGACGAUGACGAACCGCCAGCAAAAAAGGUAGCGUACAGUACCCCCAGCAGUCUUCCCGACCCAUCACGUCGGUACCAGUUACCUCUGCCAAAUGCCUCUGCCCACAGCCGUCCAUUGCCACCCUCAUAUCAUAGCACAUCUUCGGGCGCGGGAUCAAACUACCCACACUCUCCUUCAACCCCCCCAAGCCGUAACGCAUACGGAUCAUCGUAUAGGCCACCCCCACCUGGUUCGCGGCUCAACUACCCUGGACAUGGGACGUCAACAUACCCUACCUACCUCGGCUCUUCCCCUUGA